UGUUUUCCAGGAUGGAGGCCUCCUGCUUGGAGCUAGCAUUAGAAGGUGAGCGCCUGUGCAAGGCCGGAGAUUUCAAAGCCGGAGCCGCUUUCUUUGAAGCUGCUGUCCAGGUUGGGACUGAAGAUUUAAAGACACUUAGCGCCAUCUAUAGUCAGCUGGGGAAUGCAUACUUCUACUUGAAGGAGUACGCUAAAGCACUUGAGUAUCAUAAACAUGAUCUUACCCUGGCCAGGUCCAUCGGAGAUCGUAUUGGAGAAGCCAAAGCCAGCGGGAACUUGGGUAACACCCUCAAAGUCCUGGGACAGUAUGAUGAGGCCAUCGCCUGCUGUCAGAGGCACCUGGAUAUCUCGCAAGAGCAGGGGGACAAGGUGGGUGAAGCACGAGCAUUGUAUAAUGCUGGCAAUGUAUUUCAUGCCAAAGGGAAGCAGCUGUCAUGGAACAUGCCACAGAUUCCAGGAGACCUCUCUGAGGAGGUGAAGGAGACACUGCUGAAAGCUACAGAGUAUUAUGAGAGGAACUUGGAACUGGUGAAACAGCUGGGUGACAGGGCUGCUCAGGGUCGGGCUUAUGGAAAUCUCGGAAACACACACUACCUCUUAGGCAACUUCAACGAGGCCAUCGCUUUCCACAAAGAGAGACUUGCCAUUGCGAAAGAGUUUGGAGACAAAGCUGCAGAGCGUAGGGCAUACAGCAACCUGGGCAAUGCUCACAUCUUCCUAGGGAUGUUUGAUGCCUCUGCUGACUAUUACAAGAAGACAUUGCAGCUCUCUAGACAGCUGAAAGACCAGGCGGUAGAGGCUCAGGCCUGUUAUAGUCUGGGGAACACAUAUACUUUGCUCCAGGACUAUGAACGGGCAAUAGAAUACCACCUGAAACACCUUUCCAUAGCGCAGGAGCUGGGUGACAGGGUUGGUGAAGGACGGGCAUCGUGGAGUCUAGGGAAUGCCUAUGUGGCAUUGGGUAACCAUGAAGAGGCCCUGCGAUAUGCCAGAAAACAUAUGGAGAUUUCCUGUGAGGUAAGAGAAGGGGGGUCCCAGAAACUGACACAUUCACAAUAA